GACCUUUGCGGGCGGAAGAAGCUCGCGCGGAGACUCAGGGGUCGACCGACCAGGCAAGCUGCUGAAUGGUGGGCGUCUGGGCCUGGGAGUUGCAGUGGGGUGGGAGUUUCCCGAGGCCGGCGGGAGGACGACUGAGGCCCCUGCGGGUCUGGCUGGGUGGUUUCUAGAUUUGGCCACGCAUCUUUUCCUGUCCAUACCAACACGAGCUCGAGCACCAUGUCGGCCUACCCCAAAAGCUAUAACCCGUUCGACGACGACGCGGAAGAUGAGGGCACCCCGCCUGACCCUUGGAAAGAACCCCGCGACCUCUCUGACGGGACCCACACAGCCGCGGAUCGGCAGCAGUACCUGCGGCAGGAGGUCAUGCGCAGGGCCGAAGCCACUGCCGCCAGCACCAGCAGGUCCCUGUCCGUCAUGUACGAGUCCGAGAGGAUCGGAGUCGCCACUUCUGAAGAGCUUGUCCGUCAGCGAGGAGUCUUAGAACGCACCGAGAAGAUGGUGGAUAAGAUGGAUCAAGAUUUGAAGACCAGCCAGAAGCAUAUUAACAGCAUUAAGAGUGUGUUUGGGGGGCUAGUCAAUUACUUCAAACCCAAACCAGCAGAGACAUCAACUGAACCAAAUGGUACCCUUGCACCCCCAGCCAAUAGCAGACUGAAAGAAGCCAUAAGUACAAGUAAAGAACAUGAGGCAGAGUACCAAGCCAGCCAUCCAAAUCUCAGGAAGCUGAAUGAUUCAGACUCCAUCCCAGGAGGGGCUGGUUCUGCUGUGAGUACUGAUGCUUACCCAAAGAACACUUAUCUUCGAACCUACCACCAGAAGAUCGACAGCAAUCUAGAUGAGCUGUCCAUGGGGCUGGGCCGACUGAAGGACAUAGCCCUGGGGAUGCAGACAGAAAUUGAGGAACAAGAUGACAUUCUUGACCGCCUCACAAACAAAGUGGACAAGUUAGAUGUCAAUAUAAAAAGCACAGAGAGAAAAGUUCGACAACUUUAAAGACAGAAAGAUUUCUACUCCCUUGUGAUAAAGUUUCACAAGAUUCUUUAAAACACCUAAUUUUUGUUAUUUUAGUAUGCAAUUUAAUAUGUUUGCAAAUGUUAUAAUAGAGUGGGUCUAAAGAGAUGUUGUUAUGAGGAAAUAAUGUGUCCCACUUUUUCUUUAAAGUGAAUGCCUAGUGUUUUAGUGUGAUCAUAGUGGCCUGGCCCUGAAUAUCUUGGUUACCAUGCUAUUGUGAGCACAUUGUGAAUUCUCUUAAUGCCUCAGAAAAGGGUCAGCAUUAAAUUUGGUAAUAGAGGUGUUGACAUUCUUUGCUACUCUGUUGGCAGAUGUCACUCAGACUAGCACUAUUCACUGUGACAUCUAGAAAUGUAUAAGGAAUUGGUUGAGCCUUUCUUCCCCAUAUGUCCUCAUCUUUCUCUGCCCAUGGUUAGGAAUAGAUUCUCCAUUGACUUAAGACUGCCUGGCUGAUCAACUAGGGGCUUUUUGACUUGGGACUAUAACAUCACACAACCUUCCUCCACAGAGCUCCACUCAAGACCUCUCCAGGGAUCACCCGGACCAAACAGGUAUGGCUGUAUUCAGUACCUGGAGUCUCAGCCCAUUUAGAACUACCACCCCUCUUGCACUUCUUACAAGGUGAUUGACUCACUUGGUUCUCUGACACCCAGUUUUAGGACUGGAGCACCACAGGUGAUACUGACUUUGUAUGGAAAGGUUUGAGACUAAAAAGAAAAUUUUAUACACACACAUGUGUACAUGCUUUUACAUAUACACAUAUAAUCAUUUUAAUUGACCCAGCUUGUUCAACUGCUCUCCUCUUCUUCAAUUUAUGAAAGACUAAUUUAAAAGCAUUAAUUUCUGUAAGCAAAUUUCUUUGUGUUGGCACCUCAAACAAAAUAAAUGAAGCCACAAGACUCGUUUCUUUACAAGUUAAUUAGAAUAUUUUUGAAGACACGAAAGUGAGUAUUUUAGUAAGAUAGGUUAGACCAGAAACUUUGAAUGGUAUAUUUCACCUUGAAAUAUGGUAAAAAAAAAAAAAAAAAAA